GCCGGGCGGUGGCGUCAGCGGCGCGCCCGCCGCUCGGGAAAAAGCCGGUUGCUGGGGGAGUGAGGAAGAAAGGGAGGGAGCCGAACACGGAAGUGGUGGCAGCGCCGGCGGAGCAGGUGGAGGCGGUGAGUGCGAUGUCUGCGAUGAGAACCCGGCACCGCAGGAUGGGGACUUGCAGACCGAUAUUCGCCUCGUAGGACUUACAGGAGGUGCCGGAGUGUCUGGGCCUCCCUUCUCCACCUCAGCGAAUACCCAGAGUGAUGGCGGUGGUGAUGGCGGCAGUUACAAGGAUAGCCCCUGUUAAACUGCGUUCCGCGAGAUACAUCCAGAAAGUACCCAGAAGGAACAUUCUACUGGAAAAACAGAAAAAGCAUCAUUGAUAACACUGGAAUUUGUGGACAAUUUGUUAAAAUGGCAGAAAAUAGUGAAAGUAAUAGUAAAAACGUAGAUGUAAGGCCCAAAACUAGCCGGAGUCGAAGUGCUGACAGAAAGGAUGGUUAUGUGUGGAGUGGAAAGAAGUUAUCUUGGUCAAAAAAGAGUGAAAGUUGUUCAGAUGCUGAAACAGUGAGUGCUAUAGAAAAAAGUGAAGUUCCUUUAAGGAGCCAAGAAAGGAAGCACAGCUGUUCAUCUAUCGAAUUGGAUUUAGAUCAUUCCUGUGGGCAUAGAUUUUUAGGCCGAUCUCUUAAACAGAAACUGCAAGAUGCUGUGGGGCAGUGUUUUCCAAUAAAGAAUUGUAGUAGUCGGCACUCUUCAGGGCUUCCAUCUAAAAGAAAAAUUCAUAUCAGUGAACUCAUGUUAGAUAAGUGUCCUUUCCCACCUCGAUCAGAUUUAGCCUUUAGGUGGCAUUUUAUUAAACGACACACUGCUCCUAUAAGUCCCAAAUCAGAUGAAUGGGUAAGCACAGACUUGUCUCAGAGCGAAUUGAGGGAUGGUCAACUGAAACAACGAAGAAACAUGGAAGAGGUCAGCUGCUUCUCACAUACCAGUGUUCAGCCCUGUGUCAUAACCAGUAACAAUUCUUCAGGUAGAGGUGGUCCUGGGACUGACUCUAUAGUGAACCUGGCUUCAAAUAACAGCAUAGAAGAUAGUGAUAUGGAUUCAGAUGAUGAAAUUAUAACACUUUGCACAAGUUCCCGGAAAAGAAACAAACCCAAAUGGGAAAUUGAUGAAGAAAUCCUGCAACUGGAAACACCUCCCAAGUACCAUACUCAGAUUGAUUAUGUCCACUGUCUUGUACCAGACCUCCUUCAGAUCAAUAAUAAUCCAUGUUACUGGGGCGUUAUGGAUAAAUACGCAGCUGAAGCUCUACUAGAAGGAAAACCAGAGGGCACAUUUUUACUGCGAGAUUCAGCACAGGAAGACUAUUUAUUCUCCGUUAGUUUUAGACGCUAUAGUCGUUCUCUUCACGCUAGAAUUGAACAGUGGAAUCACAACUUUAGCUUUGAUGCACAUGAUCCUUGUGUCUUCCAUUCGCCUGACAUUACUGGGCUCCUAGAGCAUUAUAAGGACCCGAGUGCCUGUAUGUUCUUCGAACCACUUUUAUCCACUCCUUUAAUUCGGACUUUCCCCUUUUCCCUGCAGCAUAUAUGCAGAACAGUUAUUUGUAACUGUACAACUUACGAUGGCAUUGAUGCCCUUCCAAUUCCUUCUUCCAUGAAAUUAUAUCUGAAGGAAUAUCACUAUAAGUCAAAAGUUAGAGUACUCAGGAUUGAUGCACCAGAACAGCAAUGCUAGAAAAAGGGUAGGAAUAAGGGAGUGGUUAUAUAUGUAUUUUCAUUUAAUAUUUUAUUUUUCUUAUUAUACCACUUUGAAUUUUUCUACAAGGGCAGUUGAAGUCCAAAAUAAACCUCUGCCCUAAAUUUUACUUCCAGAUCAGUUUAUUUUUCUUAGGAUACAGUAAUUGUUGAACAAUAAUAAUUGUUACACACUGGGGGUUAAUGGAUAUUUUUGACCAGGUUUGGUUUUUGUUUUUACCAUGUAGAUUGUAUACUUAAUUUUUUUCUUUUCUUAAUUAUAACUUAAAUAUGAUCCAGGGAUAUUUGAAGUUUGUAGGCAUUGCAAACACAUUUAAAUAAUCUGUAUUUCAUACUUUUCUUUAAAAAUAAUUGUUUCUUUUCCUACAUAUAACGUAUAAAACGCUUUGUUAACCUAUGUCAUUGGCAUUCCUAUACAUAAGAUAUAGUUUCCACAUCAUCCUUUCAUUGUUUUAAAAGCCUUCAGUAAAGCUGUGUGUGUUGUAAUUUACUAAUAGGGAUGUUAAAAGUUAACAAAACGGCUUAAAAUCAAACUUGAUGUGUUUUCAUUUUAAAUACUAAUUGUAAAGCUGAAUUACUAAAUUUGAUUAAUCAGGUCAGUAAGAAUCAAAUGAGGACAUGAUAUCUUAGAGGUGAAUUUAUUCUUCUGUAAUGUGGCAUGGUCAUUUAUUAUUCCUUGAAUAGAUCUUUCUCUCAGACUUGGAAGCAUUACCAUCUUCAGAACAUAAGUAUUCUUCCCUUCUCACUGGAAGCUUUAAAAAUAAUGAUAAUACUAUUAGUAACUAGUAAUUACUAAAUAAUAAAGCAAUUGGGGUUUUUUUCUGUAUUUACUUGUGAACUGUUGCUUCUGCUUAGCUCUUUUUUAGAAACUGAACCUGUUACUUUGGAGAGAUGCCACAGUUUAUAAACAGCCACAAAUUUCCAUUGGUAACCAAAGAGACCUAAGUAGUUUUCCAUUAUUUUGAAUUGAGCUUGAAUAAAGAUUCAAGAAGUAAACAUGCAGCUCAGUAUUCAGGGAACUUAAUACUGGUUUUGAUCUUCAGAUUUCAGGUAACUAUUCCUAUUUUCAGAACUAACAUAUCUUCAGUAUGGCUUCAGAAAAAGGAAAACAUUUUGAGAGCUAUAUCGCUUAUGCCAUACUGAACAAUACUGAGCACUGGGUAUAAUAUUUUUUUUUUUUUGGUAUAAUAUUUUAAGUUUAGCAUCUCAAGAACAGAGAAGCAUUUUUUAGAAAACAUUAUCCCAAUAUAAUAAGAUAAAUGUGAUGAUAGCCUAUUCAACUUUUCUUUUUUAAAGAAUCAAUGAAUAAUAAAUUUCCUAGACAGUUAUUUUUUCUGGUGAGUUGUCUACCCCUUUGUACAAAUUAGCAUUUUUAAUAUAGUAAAUUGAUCUCUUGAUGCUAGUUUAGCUCUAGUAGGAAGCUGUUUCUACCUGGAUUGAAAAAAAUUUGACUCAAAUUUCCCAGUUAGAAUAGAUGUUUCUUAAGUAUUGCUUUUAUGUUGAAGUAGCAUUUCCCUUUCCUACAGUUCUGCUGUUAACAUAAAGAUGGCAUUUAAAAUUAAUUGUUUUAAAAUAAGUUUUUAGGAGUUAUCACAAAAUUGAACAAGAAAAUCUCUGUUACCAUUAUCUUCUAGCAUCUUUUUUUCUCAAGUGAUCUCAAGAUUGUCUUGGUUCCAGUGAGGGUUAGCUACUAAAAUAGCACCUCUCAGCAGUGAUGAGGCUCAGGAUAGCAACAUCAGUGUCAGGAUAAAUAUCUCUUCUAAAGAUGAUAUUUCCCUUUUACAAAAGUUGGACAGUCUCAUACUACCUCAUCUUUAUUGUGGCGCUUUUGUAGAUCACUGAGAAGCCAUCUUAUUUACCAAUAUAACGCUUCCUAAACAUCCAUCUUUGGUGAAGAAAAUUAACAGUAUGGUUAGACUCUACCCAUAAUUAUAGUUUUUUAUCAGAAUUUGAUAUUGAGACUUUCUGUUUCUAUGAAACAAUAUUGUUUUAAAUAUUUUUCUUUUAAAGAUAACUUUUUAUCAAUACAGAAAACCUAAGGAAUGAUUAGCUAAUGAAUAUUCUGUUAAAGGUAAUUUUAUAAAGAAGAAAAUACGCUGUCUUUUAUAAUGGUAAAAAUUAGUAUUUAUAUGAAAAUCAAGAUCUAAGUAGCCUUUCAUAUAUUCAAACUGGUUGCUUGUGAUAUAUUUUCUCUGGCUUUCUUAUUUUUUCAACUUCAAGGUAUUGAUAGCUAUUAACAUUUUCAAAAUACUGCCAUUUAUAUAGCCUUGAAGUAGAUGAUCUAAUAAAUGAGAGCAGAAAAGAGACUCAUUUACUCUGAAACGGUUUGUAUUUUUUCCUUUGGUAUUUGCUACAGUGAAAAGAAAUCGGGAAGGUAGAAAUGUAAGAUUUGAGAAGGGAAUUGAUUACCGUGAAGGAAAAAGAAGAGUAAGAAUUGUUUAGAGCAUGAAGGGACUGGAAUUUAGAAAGGUUAAGUCUUUCUCAGUGACUUUUGAGGACACAUUUGAAAGAGUAUUCAGCAUUCAGAAACUUAACUCAUUAAAAAUAUACUUACUGGAAUUAUGCGUAAGUAAAUGAGUAUAAAUUUUGAGAGGAACAAUGUGGGGAGAUGUAUAAAUAUAAAUUUUGUAGCUAAGUUGAACACUGAGCAUUUGAAAAGUGUAAAUUUCAGAGUCGAGAAAGCAUUCAGCAUGGUGGAAAUGUAGUGCUUACUGGUGAGAGGAUGGGGCUAAAAGAAACAAGAUAAAAUAUUAAAAUUAAGAAUUUAGGCAUCACCUCAGGGGAAAGCCUUGACAGUGAAAGGGAACUGCUUAAUCGCUAAUAGCUAGUCUGGACCAGACACUUAAAUGCGCUUUGGGAAUCAUCCUGCACUAACCAGGAAAUAAACUUGAUUUUUCUAAUUCUCUCUGAAGCUUUCAAGAGGACCCCCAAGCCCGCCUCCCCUUUUUUUAAGCUAUAGCAUCUUGAUUCAUACUGUACUUCCUGAAACAUGCUGAAUGGAUUUUUUUAGGUUACCUGAGCAUUUUUGUACAAAGAAUUAUAUCUGAUCUUUCUAUAACCGUGCCAUUCACUUAAAUAAUUAAUGGAAUGGUUUAAUUUAAAGGAAGACCUAAUAGGAAGAAGAUUAAAGGAAGCUUUUAGUCAGCCUGUGGCUAGAUUUAUUGAUUUGGUGAUCAGACUUGUGUUCUUUCCUGAAUUUCAGCUAAUGGCAAACUGUGGUCAAAAAAUGGCUUUCAGUUAAAGUUUUGACUUCUUAUUGUAAAUAAUAUAAAGAAUGUCUAAGUAAUUAGAAAUCCUUUUUAAAAAGUAGAGCAAAUGUGGCAAAUAGGAUUCUUCAUUAUACAAAUUCCAUUUCUUUUUAUAAGAAAAACCAUUAUCAUUUAUUCAUGAGUCAAAGCCAUUAAGAAGAUAAAUCAAGUUGUCAGCUUCCUGUCUCUCUGAAAUUUGGAUCAUUUUAUAGAUCCAUGUAAUAGAGAGCUUCCUUCCUAUGAAACGAAAAUCUUCAGACCUAACUCUCAGACUCAGUUGUCAUUAAAAAUCUUUUUUGUCACUUUUAGCUAUAAUCAGAGUCAGAUAGAUGAUACAUUGAUUUUGGCAGAGGAAAUCUCACAGGAAGUAGUCUUAAUUAUAUAACAUUCCUUGAGGCAACACAAGGGCAACAGUGUUAAAAUGUAAAGUAUAUUGUGUGUUAGGUAAUUUAAUGCCCAAAUGAAUAAAAGAUUUUAAGUCAAGCAGAUUAUUGUUUCUACUUUGGAAAAAAAUUGUUUACAGUCUUCAUUUUACAUAAACAGUUUUACAUCCAUUUUUACUUCUAAAGAAUGGACAGAAAGCACAAGGGGUUUUUCUCUUUUAAUGGUCUACUAGAAAUGAGCAACACUACAAGAGUCUGUACUAUUAACACAUGAAGAUACUGGAGACAAAGGGAAGUAACUGUAUGGCUUCUAAAUAAAAAUGUAGGCUAAUGGAUAUAAUCCAAUGACAAGGAAUUUAAGGCACAUGACUCCUAUUUCAAAUAAAGACAGUCUUUUACUUUUUAAUUUUGAAUACAUUACUCAAUUCUAUAUCUUUAAUUUCCUAGCACAUAAAAUAUAGACGAUAAUAUAUAUGUCACUUGACUUCCUGUAGGUUAAUUCUUUAGUUAAAGAGGUGACCCUUGGAGCAUACUUGAAAAUAUUUCUGUACAGCUGUUAAGUACUAACGUGAUGACAGGUUUUCAAAGUAUCCCCUUAGAGAACCCUGCAGAUUCACAUUCAUUUCUUUUAGUCUAUAAAGGCCUUGACUUGAUUUGACAAUAAAGAUAAUGGUACAAUUUGAAUUUAUGGUUUAGAUUCUGCAGUUAGAUGAACAGUUGCAAUUUCCUCCUACACUUAAUAAGGUUUAUGUAAAAUUGAUGUUUGCCUAAGUUAUUUUAAAAGUUGAUUACAUUUGCAGGAAGUAAAGAUAAUCACUUUUGGCAUAGUUAUAAUCAAAUUUAAGCUUUCAGACUUGAGUAUAAAACUCAAGGAGGUUUACUUAAAUUAUGCUGACUUUGCUAGAAUUGGGUAAAUUCUGUAUAAACCAAGUAUGAACUAGAUACAUACUUGAAUAUACAGAGUUUAAGUAGUAACUUCACAAAGCUAUUAGUACUCAUCAAUCAGGUGUGUAUGAUCCAUCCCUUACCUAAAAAGAAGUAGAGUGUUUCCCUUUUUAUUUCUAAUCCUGAAGUUGAAUGUUUCUUCUUGGAUGUGAGUUCAAAUAAAUUGAUCUGAAUACAUUUUCAUUUCUUAUUAAUUAAAACCUCAUAUAUAAAAUCCAAA